GCCCUUUACUGGUCGCCUUGUCGAGCGGAGCAGACGACAAUUGUUGUUGACUUGAGUUUAGGUUAGUUCCGGGAUCCCAUACCUCGAGAAGGGAUCAACAUGGGUGCCCUGUGGUUGAUGUCGCUGUUAUAUCUAACUCAUGCAGUGAUGUCUGAAGAUGUUCUGUUCGAGUCUGGCAAGAGACUGAUCGUGGUCGACCCAGCCACCGUCGAGGGUGGCGCUUCUGAAUAUGAGGACCCAAAGGACACUGGGUCCAAACUGUUUAAUAGUUCCCAAGACAACAAUGACAAGAAGAGAAUGUCCCUAUUGGUGAUGAUCUACAAGUUCCGUUCCAAGAGUUCAAAGUACUUCCGCGCGCAUCCUGUUUUUGUCAGCUGUCUGCAGCAAAUCCUGAACGAUCUCCAAAACGAGGACACACCGGCGCAGAUCUCUAGUGGCUACAAGACUAAGACCGACGUUGGGGGAAGCACCUCCAUACAAGACCUGUAUGCCCGGGCUGGCACUGGAGCCUACCUCAAGUUCAAGGAUGGGGUCAAUGGUGAUGUGAAGAAAAUCGCCAAGGCAGCGCUUAAACACUGUCCGGUCAUUUUCGAGCGUAUUCAGCGAGAUAUCGGCAUCAUCAUGACGGCCACAGGGAUGCACAUUCACAUGACAGGAGCUGACGAUCCACAGCAACAUUUCAGUGCCGAGUCCGGCUUCGAGAUGAACACUGCAAGCUUCGAAGCGUGGGCGCUGGCCUCGAUCAAUGAGGGAUUAGACCCCCUCCAGUCCCCCGAUUGCAGUAAGUUCCUGGGUCUGGACAGCGGUCAGAUCCACCCCAGUGAUGUGACCACACCUGAGGAACUGGUUGGAGUGGUAGACCAACCUAUCACUAGAGACACGCCAGAAGACUUCAUCAAACUGGUCCAGUAUCAAGGCAGCAAUGUGGUGUUCCCAAACCCUGAGGGGGCUGCAGCCUGGUGUGGGAAGGAGGACAUCACCUGUGUAGACUGCACAGCCUCCCCGGCAGGCAACCAUGUCUCCAAGAGAUGCGCCAAUCGCCUGAUGAGUGCCCGCAUGUACAGCUUCGUGCGUGUGCUGCAGAAACUCACCAGGGACAACAUCAGUGGAAGCAAACUGAAGGUAACGAAGGCAUAUGUCGAACCAUACGCUGGACAAACUGACUAUUCGGCCACAUCGCUUCAUGUAGAAGGGAGGCAAGUGACUCUUCAGCUGGACACUGGCGCCGCGGCUGGAUUGAAGACUGUCACCAAAUUAGCCCAAUGCAUAGGGGUGGAUUUCAUUAAGCACAAUGGCGACCACGUGGUUCUUGCUGUGAGGAAGAUGAAGGGUUAUAAAGCACAGAAGGUAGACUUCCAGCAGGCGAUGAUCUUGGCUGUCGAACCGCCACACAGUAAGGUCGGCGACUACAGUCUCCCAGAGCAGUUUGACGAGUCGGAAUUGGAUGACUAUCCAUUGUUUGACUCUAAUGGACAGGAGGACGACUUGCUGGCUGAGGAUACCACUCUGGGGCAGUUCACGUCCAGUGAUCCAGAGUUCCGCUACUUGCGUCUUAACCCGCUCAUCGCUAAGUGCUAUUCUCUGCUGCUCCACCAACACAACAAGUGGAACGCCGAGGGAGAUCCAGCAACAGAUAUUGACGUUGUCCGCGGUUUCAUCUCCACCAAGGAGCAGAAACUCACUAUAGACCCAUUCGACCAGCGCUACAACACCUUCAUCCUCGGCCUGGCCAUGGAGGUCAAGUACAACUCGUCACAAAACCCCAACGGUCACACCUUACCCCAGCUUGCCCAGGCCGCAGUGGACACGUGUGCGCCCGUGUUCGCUGAAGGCCGCCAAGAGAUGGGGAUGGGGCUGUACGCUGAUAGGGUGUUUGUGGACAUGAGGGACGAGUUUGAUGUGUGGACAGAUAAUGUCAACCUAAUACCCCAUGAAUUCGGCAGUCUGGGUGUGUACAAGGCAGAGCUGAAGAUACGUUUUGAUGCCUCCAACGAGAACAGAAUAGUGGACCCCGAUGACAUUGAAGAGGCUAAAAAAUCGGCCAACGUUCCCUACAGGCAAUCCCCCCUCUUCCGUCACACACCCCCACCCCAUGUACUCCGACGACGACGGGCUGCCCCCGACCCUGACGACUGUGUGCCAAAGACUGACACGUCUUUCUGUGACAAAACGAAGCAGUUCCGAGACAAAGAAAUAGAGUACAUCUGGACUGAGGUGAUGCGCAAGUACCACUACCAUGACAGGGAUGAGGUGAAGCAGGCCCUGGAGCGGUGCAUGGGGCAGUGUGGAACAUGUAUGGAAGGAAGUGUAUACGAGAGUAAACUGGAGCACUGUGAUAACUUCUUACACUGGGUUCCCUUCGGCCUCAUGAACGACAACACCAUCUCCAACUUCUUCCCCCGUGAUAACACCGAGUUGAGACGCUACGCCAGUCUGGAACACAGCAUCGAGGAUGCGGAACUAUUUCACCUCGUCAUCAGCUCUGCUGAAGCAGUGUUCCGGCCUGACCCAAAGCAAAGUGUAGAACAAGAGCUGUACCCUCAGGCCGAGAACCCAAGCCCUGUGAUGAUGCUUCUACACCGCCUGUAUGCCAUCCAUGCCACCGGCAAGGUCAAGUUCUGGGUGUACGAUGACAUAGACAUCUCCUCGCUCAGAGAGCCACUUCAGGUUGUAAUGCUGUACAACAAGAACGUGACGAGUGUGGAAGUGUACGUGUCCAGCCCAGGCAGCAAGGAUGCUGUGGGUGCUGCUGUUGAGAACAUGAUCCUGGAGUGGUCCACUAACGGCUACCCAGCAGUCACCAGGGAGUUCAUAGCUCCAUACACACUCAUGGACCUUCCGAAGUAUGUGGCAAAACGAGAUGUGGAUAUUGCUAUCCGUGAAGAUCUGAUUGAGCGCUACACCAACAGAGAGAAGAGGUGGGUGAACAUGGAGCUGUAGGAACCAUGCUUCCAACAUUCAUCUGCUACAGUCCACAGUCCACAGUUCAACCACUUACAUCUGCUGUACAAACAUACAACCCGUCCUUGAAUCGUAUAUUUUUGUGAGUAACACUCUCUCACUCACUCACAGUAGUGCAGCAUGCAACCAACAAUGGAACAUUUAGAAAGGAGAGACCUUCCUUAAAACACCUCUCUUUGAAGUCCAUGCACUUUCUUCAUUAAUGGCCGACACACAAUCUCAACUGAACUACAUCUAACCCACCUCACAUCUGUGAAGCAGGUAGACUAUCACAGUAUCUGUGAUAGAAGUUUUUGUAUCAACCCCUAUUGUAACACUUCUUGUAUAAAUCCGUGUGUGUGAAAAAAAUGAUAAGCUACACAAUGACUCAAUAACUAUGCUUUAAGUCUGUCAAUCUUCAAAAUACUAAAGAAGCAUUUUUAUACAAAUAUUUUACAUAGAUGUAUGAUGUAAGAUUUUUCCAUUUUCAUUCAAAUACAAAAAGUAUCUAGAGAAGAAUAAAUAAUAAUAUGAUGUAAGCAUAAAGUGCAUUCUUGUCCAUGUCUAAGUUGUAUUAGCAAAAUGCUUUAGUUUUUUUACCAUCUUUAUUCAGUAAAUAUUUUGCAUCUAGACUUUUCAUACUUUGUAUACAUUUCUUAAUAAAAUGAAAUUGUGCUGUG